CGUCGUCGUCACCACCACAACCAUGUCCGACGGCCUGCCUCCCAUCCCGCAAGUCGCCGGCGACUCGGCCGGUCCGAGACUGAAGGACAAGGUCGCCAUCAUCACCGGCGCCAACUCCCCACUGGGCAUCGGCCGCGCCGCCGCCCACCAGUUCGCGCGCAACGGCGCCCGCGCCGUCUACGUUUGCGAUUUUGACGACGAGUUCCUCGACGCUCACGCACGCGAGCUUGCACGUCUAUACCCAGGCGUUGCCGUGCACGCACGCCGCUUCGAUGCCGCUGAUGAGCGUGCCGUAAAGAGCGUCGUCGAGGAUGCGUUAAGCAGAUACGGCCGUCUCGACGUCAUGUUUGCCAAUGCCGGCAUUAGCACGUUGAAGCAAUUCACGGACACGACCGCCGACGAGUUCAUGAAUACGAUGCGCAUCAAUGCAUUAAGCGUCUUCCUCGCCACAAAAUAUGCCGCGAAAGCCAUGCAGCGCACGUCGGCCGACAAGCCGCACAGUGGAGGGUCCAUCAUCGCGACGGCGUCGGUGGCGGGCCUGCGCUCCAACGCCGGCAGUAGCGACUACAGCGCGAGCAAAGCGGCCGUGAAGAGCAUCAUGCAGACGGCGGCAUUCCAGCUCACGGGCACCGGAGUGCGCUGCAAUGCGUUGUGUCCGGGCGUCGUUGAGACGGGCAUGACAGCGGCCAUGUACGCGGCCGCGCGUGCCCGCGGCACGCAGUCGAAGAUCGGGCAGCUGAACCCGCUGCGUCGCGGCGCAGUCGCUGACGAGGUCUCCCGCGUCGCGCUGUUCCUGGCCAGCGAUGAGGCGAGCUAUGUCAACGGACAGGCAUGGGCGGUUUGUGGAGGGUUGAGUGCGGGGCACCCAUUUGUGAUGGGGAAGAUGGCGUAAUGUGUAAUGUUAAGGGGAAGUGGGUGUGUGCGGUGAGUGGAGAAAGAGGGGGAAGGGGGAAGGUAGAGAGGGGGGCGAUAGCGUGACAUCGAGUGAGGGAGGGAAGGGAGGGGAUGGGAAAUGGAUUGCUACUGCCUACUAUCCAUCUACAUAGCUCGUGUGUACUCUACAGAGACAGGACAGGUAAAGACCUGUCAAGCCUGACAGACAGACAGGCCGGCAUACAUUUACAGACAGCUGCACAAUCAUUUAAUCAAACAAAUCAAGCCACAUAAUAGCAAGAC